AUGACGAGCCAAUAUAUAGCACGUCACAGAGACGAUGCUGAGGUCUACCAUGGCGAAGCAAUCUGCAAGAAGAAAUCGCGCGAUCUGCUCGGCGAAUUCUGCCUCCCGGCUGGCUUGCUUCCGUUGGAGGACAUCGUAGAGGUGGGGCACAACCGCGUCACGGGGUUCGUGUGGUUGAAGCAGAAGCGGAAGAAGGAGCACCGGUUCCAGCGCAUCGGACGAGUCGUGUCGUACGAACCGGAGGUGACGGCGUUCUUGGAGGAGCACCGAAUGCGGCGGGUGACCGGAGUGAAGACCAAGGAAUUUUUCAUCUGGGUCACGAUCGCUGAUAUCUCAAUCGACGACGACAAUUCCGGUAAGAUCACGUUCGCUAAUCCCUCUGGCUUAUCAAAGACGUUUUCCAUUUCCGCUUUCGAUGAAACCAUCUAUGAAGAAUUCACUGUUCCUGAAGAUGAUGGUGGCUUCCCAACAUCUCCUACCUUGGCUAUUGUUUCUGAAAUAUCAUUGGAGCUUUAA